ACGGAGGGGUCUUCUAAGGAGAAAAUGGCGACCAGCUGGCCCGUGUCGGUGCGUCUCCAGACCCUGAUUCGGGUCGGGGGCCGCGGCCCACUGUCCACGUCUUGCCGUUACAACGCUGCAGCAGCGGGCGCGCCGCCGGCGACUCCGCCGCCGCAGACCAAGACGAAAUUCGGGCCGUUGAAGGAUGAGGACCGCAUUUUCCAAAACCUGUACGGUCGCCACGACUGGCGUUUGAAGGGCGCUAUGAGCCGCGGAGACUGGUACAAGACCAAGGAGAUCGUGCUCAAGGGACCUGACUGGAUCAUUGACGAGAUCAAGAAGAGCGGUCUGCGGGGCAGGGGAGGCGCCGGCUUCCCGUCUGGCCUCAAGUGGAGUUUCAUGAACAAGCCUUCGGACGGCAGGCCCAAGUAUCUGGUGGUCAACGCCGACGAAGGUGAGCCAGGAACAUGCAAGGACAGGGAGAUCAUGCGGCACGACCCGCACACGCUCGUCGAGGGCUGCCUCAUCGCUGGCCGUGCCAUGGGUGCCUGUGCCGCCUACAUUUACAUCCGCGGCGAGUUCUACAACGAGGCGUCCAACCUGCAAAUUGCCAUCCAGGAGGCAUACCAGGCUGGCUUGCUUGGCAAGAACGCCUGUGGCUCUGGCUUCGACUUUGACGUGUACGUGCACCGUGGUGCAGGGGCGUACAUCUGCGGGGAGGAGACUGCACUGAUUGAAUCCAUUGAAGGCAAGCAGGGCAAACCAAGGCUGAAGCCACCAUUCCCAGCCGACGUGGGCGUGUUUGGCUGCCCCACCACUGUGACAAAUGUCGAGACUGUGGCUGUGUCGCCGACCAUCUGCCGGCGCGGUGGCGAGUGGUUCGCCUCAUUCGGUCGCACGCGGAACAGCGGCACGAAGCUGUUUAACAUCUCGGGGCACGUGAACAAUCCGUGCACUGUCGAGGAGGAGAUGUCCAUCCCGCUCAAGGAACUGAUCGAGCGGCACGCGGGUGGCGUCAUCGGUGGAUGGGACAACCUGCUUGGCGUCAUCCCGGGCGGCUCUUCGACCCCAGUCAUCCCCAAGAGCGUCUGCGACGACGUGCUCAUGGACUUCGACGCGCUGGUUGCCGCGCAGACGGGCCUCGGAACGGCGGCCGUGAUCGUGAUGAACCAGCAGACGGACAUCAUCCGUGCCAUUGCACGCCUCAUCGAGUUCUACAAGCACGAGAGUUGUGGUCAGUGCACGCCGUGCCGUGAAGGGGUCACCUGGCUCAACAAGAUGAUGCCGCGCUUUGUGAGUGGCGAUGCUCGUGUUGAGGAGAUCGACAUGAUCUACGAGCUCAGCAAGCAGAUUGAAGGUCAUACCAUCUGUGCCCUGGGAGAUGGCGCGGCCUGGCCUGUGCAGGGCCUGAUCAGGCAUUUCAGGCCAGUCAUCGAGGAUCGCAUCCGGCAGUUCAAGGGCAAGUCGCGCGCCACAUCGUAGUGCUGAUGUGGAUGGGGCAGUAGCUUGUCCUCUGUAGUUGAAAUAAAUUAAAGGUGAGAGUGA